AUGGCGUCUCCACCAGUCGCCGCGAUUCUCGAAAGCCUUGCCACGGCCGGAAAGGCAUUCGACAAGAAUGAAGCCGGCUCGAGAGAAGCUCUUAUCGAGAACAGCCGCGCGCUGGUCGCCGCGCUGGAGAUUCCGAGCGAGUUCAUCCAGCGCAGUUUCUGGGCCGAGCCCGCCAUGUCCGCCAACAUCGCCAUCGCCGUCGAUGUCAAGCUUUUCCAACAUCUAAAGGAGGCGGGCGAUGCGGGGCUCAGCGGUGCGGCGCUUGCUGAGAAGACCGGGUUCGAUGUUGACUUGCUGGAACGCCUCGCAAGGCAUCUCGUGGCGAUGAACAUCCUCACAUAUCACGACGGCGCGUUCCACGCCACGGCCCUGAGCAAGAGCCUCGCGGAGGAAAACUACCAGCACAGCAUCUCCUUCUGCUACGAUGCGGCACGGGCAUCGUUCAACGGCUUCCCGGAAUUCUUCAAGAAGACCGCGUACAAAUCCCCCGCGUCCGGCGGGCUCGACGGCCCCUUCCAAGACGCGCACAAGACGAAGCUCCCAUUCUUUGAAUGGCUGGUCGCGACACCACCAUACCUCCAAUACUUUGGCUCCUUCAUGAGCGCGUACCGCGCCGGCAAGGCGAACUGGUACGACGCGGGCUUCUACCCGGUCGCAGAGCGCAUUAUCACCGGCUUCGACGCCGAGGCCAGUGAUGUCCUGCUCGUCGACGUGGGCGGUGGAGGGGGCCACGACGUCGCCGCCUUCGCCGCGCAAUAUGCCUCGCGCCCGGGCAAGAUCGUCCUUCAGGAUCGUGAGUCCGUGAUCGCAGGUGUGCUGGCGAGCACCGAGGAGCGGUCCUAUGAAGCGCAGCCGCACGACUUCUUCACGCCGCAGCCCAUCCACGCGGCGCGUGCAUACUCGCUCCAUUCCAUCCUCCAUGACUGGAGCGAUGAGAAGGGCGUCAAGAUCCUGGAAAAUUUGGUGCCGGCGCUCAAGAAGGGCUACUCGCGUGUCCUGCUUAACGAGAUCGUGGUCAGCGAGGAGAAGCCGACGCUGGCGGCGACGAGUAUGGACAUGAUGAUGCUGGCGCAUUUCGCGGUCCGGGAGCGGACGGAGGCGAACUGGCGGGCCAUUCUGGCGAAGGCCGGGCUCAAGGUCGUCAACAUCUAUACGUAUCCGGGGGUGGCGGAGAGUCUGAUUGAGGCGGAAUUAGCGUGA